UAAGUUACAACACAUGAGCGAGAGAAUCCUAUAAAGAAAGAAACCACACACAGACACAAUUCAAAAAUUAUAUAAAAUUGUUUCCGAUCUGAUCUUAAUGGCGGAGCCGGAGACUUUCAAGAUCCGAAGGCUCGAGAUCUCCGAUAAGAGAAAAGGAUUCAUAGAGCUUCUAGGUCAACUCACCGUCGCCGGUUCAUUGACCGACGAAGAGUUCGAUGGGCGAUUCGAAGAGAUAAGCUCGUACGGUGACGACCACGUGAUAUGCGUGAUCGAAGACGAGGCGUCUGGGAAAAUCGCAGCGACUGGGAGCGUGAUGAUAGAGAAGAAGUUUGUGAGGAGCUGCGGUAAAGUAGGACACAUCGAAGACGUUGUCGUGGAUUCGGGUUUCCGUGGGAAACAGCUUGGGAAGACGGUGGUUGAGUUUCUAAUGGAUCAUUGCAAAUCAAUGGGUUGCUACAAGGUGAUUCUUGAUUGUAGUGUCGAGAAAAGAUCCUUUUAUGAGAAAUGUGGGUUGACCAAUAAAGCCAUUCAGAUGUCUAACUACUUUGCUUGAACAAAGGUUGAGUUUUUUUUUCUUUUCUGAUUCUGCAUUUUCCGAAUAAGAGAAACUCUCAAGUCUUCUUAUGUAUGAAAAAAUAAUAAGAGAGAUUUCGUCAUUUUUAAUGUUCCAGAAACCUCAAAAGCU